GGCGGCUGCUGCGCUAGUCGGGACGGAGGAGACAAGAUGGCGCUGCGGGCGAUGCGGGGAAUCGUGAACGGGGCCGCACCCGAACUACCCAUGCCCACCAGUGGGCCGGUGGUGGGAUCUCGGGAACAAGCGCUGGCAGUUAGUCGGAACUACCUUUCCCAGCCUCGCCUCACGUACAAGACAGUAUCAGGAGUCAAUGGUCCACUAGUGAUCUUAGAUCAUGUUAAGUUUCCCAGAUAUGCUGAGAUUGUCCACUUGACAUUACCAGAUGGCACGAGGAGAAGUGGGCAAGUUCUAGAAGUUAGUGGUUCCAAAGCAGUGGUUCAGGUAUUUGAAGGGACUUCAGGUAUAGAUGCCAAAAAAACGUCCUGUGAGUUUACUGGGGAUAUUCUCCGAACACCAGUGUCCGAGGAUAUGCUUGGCAGGGUAUUCAAUGGAUCAGGAAAACCUAUUGAUAGAGGUCCUGUUGUACUGGCUGAAGACUUCCUUGACAUCAUGGGCCAGCCUAUCAAUCCUCAGUGUCGAAUCUAUCCAGAGGAGAUGAUUCAGACUGGCAUUUCAGCCAUAGAUGGCAUGAACAGUAUUGCUAGGGGGCAGAAAAUUCCAAUCUUCUCUGCUGCUGGCUUACCACACAAUGAGAUUGCAGCUCAAAUCUGUCGCCAGGCUGGUUUGGUAAAGAAAUCCAAAGAUGUAGUGGACUACAGUGAGGAAAAUUUUGCAAUUGUAUUUGCUGCUAUGGGUGUAAACAUGGAAACUGCCCGGUUCUUCAAAUCUGACUUUGAAGAAAAUGGCUCAAUGGACAAUGUCUGCCUCUUUUUGAACUUGGCUAAUGACCCUACUAUUGAGCGAAUUAUCACUCCUCGCUUGGCUCUAACCACAGCCGAAUUUCUGGCCUAUCAGUGUGAAAAACAUGUGUUGGUUAUCCUAACAGAUAUGAGUUCUUAUGCUGAAGCACUUCGAGAGGUUUCAGCAGCCAGGGAAGAGGUUCCUGGUCGAAGAGGUUUCCCAGGUUACAUGUACACAGAUUUAGCCACAAUAUAUGAACGUGCUGGUCGAGUGGAAGGUAGAAAUGGCUCCAUUACUCAAAUCCCUAUUCUCACCAUGCCUAAUGAUGAUAUCACUCACCCCAUCCCUGAUUUGACUGGAUAUAUUACCGAGGGGCAGAUCUAUGUGGACAGACAGCUGCAUAAUAGACAGAUUUACCCACCUAUUAAUGUGCUGCCCUCUUUAUCACGGUUAAUGAAGUCUGCUAUUGGAGAAGGUAUGACCAGAAAGGAUCAUGCUGAUGUAUCUAACCAGCUGUAUGCAUGUUAUGCUAUUGGUAAGGAUGUACAAGCCAUGAAAGCUGUAGUUGGAGAAGAAGCCCUUACCUCAGAUGAUCUUCUUUACUUGGAAUUCCUGCAGAAGUUUGAGAGGAACUUUAUUGCUCAGGGUCCUUAUGAAAACCGCACUGUCUAUGAGACUUUGGACAUUGGCUGGCAACUGCUCCGAAUCUUCCCCAAAGAAAUGCUGAAGAGAAUCCCUCAGAGCACCCUGAGUGAAUUUUAUCCUCGAGACUCUGCAAAGCAUUAGUUGCUACUUCAUCGCUGGCUCGAUACACUUGUGAAAUACUGGUUCUGUUUUCUUUAUUCCUUUUGUACUCCCCCAAACUCCAGUCUCUGUGUUGGAGUUUACCUUGUUGCCCUGUAAUUAAAAACAAAGAAUAGGUAACCUAC